CUGCCCGGCGCCGGCGCCGGCGCGCGGCCCGAGGUGGAGGCCCUGGACGCCAGCCUCGAAGACCUGCUCUCCAGAGUGGACGAGUUCGCGGGCAUGCUGGACAUGAUCCGCGGCGACUCGUCGCACGUGGUGAGCGAGGGCGUGCCGCGCAUCCACGCCAGGGCCGCGGAGAUGCGGCGCGUCUACGGCCGGAUCGACAAGCUCGAGGCCUUCGUGAGGAUGGUGGGCCGCAGCGUGGCCCGCAUGGAGGAGCACGUGGCCAAGGCGGAGGCCGACCUGGGCGCCUUCCCCAAGGCCUUCACGAAGCUUCUGCACGCCAUGCACGUGCCCGCCCUCUUUAACCGGGCGUCCCCCGCCCGGCCUCAGCACGCGGCCUAUGAGCCACCCGCCCUGUUUCGGACCGAAGACCACUUCCCGGGUUGCAACGACAGACCCCAACUCUGAGUUAAACUGCACGAGAACCCCCAACAAGAGCCUGAAGCAUUAAUUGAAGAUCGUAUUACUUCAUAUAUGAUGUUGCCGUAUGGAAUUUUAAUUCAUUUUCUGCAGACCACUUCGCUUCCUUGAUCCUGAUACAAAGUGCGGUCUUCCAAUUCUAACUUGAAGGCUGCUGGGUGGGGGAUGGGAAGCCACAUGAAUGAACUUGUCCUCUACAAUAGCGCUGUUCUUUGCGGAUUUUCCUACUCAACUAACAGUGUUAUCUUUUCAAGAUUUAUAUAUUUAUUACUGUGAGAAAAAUUACCAAGCCAUUAAAGCCUUAUUAAUCAUAA